AUGACCAUCACACCUGGAGCAACACAGACGCAAGUGAUUGAGUACACGAUACAGGCUGGCGAGGAGAAGGUAUCCUCGCCUCUUGAUCUGGAUGACCUGCACCGGAACUGGAGCGGGUGGGCAUGGUACCGAGCUCGCCCUACCUGGUUGGACGCCACGGCCAUCCACUCGCUCAAAGACCAGCCAGAGUACACCAGUCACCUCUUCCUGCUCCACGACGGUGCCGACUGCUUGUGCAUCUACCCUGUCUCGUCCACAACUGCGAUUUGCUGCCUCGAACGUGGCACCGAUCCUGCCAAACCGUUGAACGUCAAGGUUCGCAGCGCGACUGCAGGUGAUGGCAAGGCUGCUGUUGUCAUCGUGCGUGGCGGUGUCCAAGACGCAGCUUCUCUGCCAGCGGCGGCUGUGGCUGCAGCGCGACAGUGGUUGUUCAACGGUCAACCCGUUCCAUUCAAGCCGUACCCUCGUGGCCCAUUCGAAGGCUUGGGGUGUUGCACAUGGUCGUCCCUGGGGGAGGAUGUGCACCCGACUGAAUCAAACCUUGCCGACCUUGUCGACAAAUACGUCGCUGCUGAGAUCCCGAUCCAGUCCUUCAUCAUUGACGAUGGAUGGCAGAAUCAACGCACAUUCGCCAGGGGAGACGCAAGCGGGUUUAACGACUACUGGGAUCGGCAAGAGAAGGGCAAGUGGCAGCGCCGUGGAUUGUGGGACUUCAACGCGCACCCAGACCUCGGCGCCGGGGGUCUUGCUGGCGCUGUCAAGAUGAUCCAAAACAAGUUUGCGACCGUGGAUGGCACGGGCCACACAGAUGUUGGCGUGUGGAUCACGUUGACGGGUGGUUACUGGGAUGGAAUCAACCCCGACUCGCCCUUGGUGAAGAAGUACAACUGCAAGCCCUACCGCGCUUCGCGCUCGUGGUGGCCUGGCGUGCCCAACGAGUGGUUCACCGUGGCAUACAUGCCUGGUGGAUCAGUAGACUACUGGCUUCCCUCGCCUGAGACGGCGGCAGCCUUCUGGAGCGACUGGUUCACCAUUCUCCGCGCCGCCGGGGUGACGUUUAUCAAGGUGGACAACCAGGCGACGCUCACAUCCCUCGACGGGGCUGAAGGUGCCGCCUUGAACCAGACUCUCUGGAAGACCCUGGUUGCUGCUGCCGACGAGACGUUUGGACCGGCUCAUGUCAUACACUGUAUGGCCAACAGUGAAGGAAUGUUUGGCGGUGCGCAAGGCCUUGGCCUCAUUACGCAAGGCGACAAGUUUGUAUGGCGCAACAGCGACGACUUUGGGAUGGAGCACCGCCAACGUGACGCCCAUCAGCAACAAAUCUUUACGAACCUUGCCAACACUCUCGUUACCAACCACACCGCCAUCGUCCCCGACGCUGACAUGUGGAUGACUGCCGCGCAACAUCCCGUCACCCAUGGAUUCCUCCGGGCGCUCUUCCCUGGCCCCAUGCUCUUGACCGACAAGCCAGGUCAACACGAUGCCAGCAUCCUCUGGCGUGUAAUCGCGCGCGACCGCACUGGGGUUGCUCGGGUGGUCAAGACCGCCAAUGGCGCUGACCCGCUCAACAACCGGCUGUUUGACCUGAGCAUUCUCGACAGCGAGAAGGGUACUGGACAGUGGGCGUCGGUCAAGACCCCAACUGGUGCCAUUAUUGGCGUCUUCAACGUGCGUGGUAACGACACCCUGGACAUUACCGUCCACGAUGCCCUCACCACCCAGGACGUAGUUGAUGCUGCUGGAGGUACCUUGGACGGCGAGUGGGCUGUACUUCAGGCGGACCUUCACAUCGGUGGCAUGUCCGCAGGAACAGUCUUGACCGCCAAGACCAAUCUCAACGCUCCCGUCGAACUUCCGCCUGUCGGCGCUGCAGGCUUUUGGAUCGCCCCCCUCAAGUCUACGGGAACGGCAUCCGUUGCUGUCCUCGGUUUGGUGGACCAGUUUGCCGGCAUGGUCGCCGUCGAAAACUCCACCAUUGUCGACAACGAGGUGCGUGUCGAUGCCAAGUUUGAAGGCACUCUUGGCAUUGCGGUGGCUGCAGGCUCCCCGCCGAAACCAGUCGCGAUGAUCGACGGCAAGGUAUCCCCGGUCGAGGUCAAAGAGCUGCGGGCCUUGGGCACUAAGGGAGGUCUUUACCUCGUUGAGAUCAAGAUCAAGGGUCGCGGAGAGGGCGAUGUUUACGCCGUCAACGUUACUCUGGCGUAG